CGCCGGUAACCAUACAUCAGUUAACAAGAGUAGUGUAGUGAAAAACCAGUUUGUGUAUAAAUGAAGUUAAGGCGUGCAACAAGUGUGCCUGUGUGCGUUUAUUAAACCGUAUUCUUGUAUUAGACGCGAGACAAAAAAGUUAAAAGUGACGAACAAGACCAGCAAGUUUUCCCUAAAUUUCCUUAGUUUUCCCCAUUUAUUUUUCUUUUAGUUUAACAUUACCGUGUGCAUUACCAUUGGCUUCAAGUGAUUAGCAUGAAUUUGAAUCAAAAAUCGCUUUAAAUGAUUCGUAUGUGUGUCAUUCUUUUAUGAAUGGUGUGUAACAAUAGAAUUGAAGCCAUACACAGGUAAUGGAGUGCCUUUUUCGAAUGUUUGUCGCGUCAGAAAAUAUGUUAUUUGAGUCACUGACAUUAACUUUACACUGAGAAUUCCAAGAAAAAGCAAUGUUUCAUGCUGUGUAUUCGUGAAUUCGAUUUAUUUGUGCAAAUGGUGAAACGAUCACCGAAUCAUUUUAUGUAAAGGGAAAAACUCAACACAGAGUUUAGUGAAAAGUGAAUUGAUGCAAUAAAUUUUCAACUUUUUUAAGUUCCAUAGACAAGAUAUCGUAACUAUGGAUAUUCCGGUGCUGUUGUCAUUAUCAAUAUUCAGUGUACUGUUAGCACUAGUGACCGGUUUGAGCAAUCACAACAACGCCUUAUCGUCGAAUGUACGAAAUUUACGUGAAGUUUUUUAUCCGGGAAAUUUUAUCGACCAAGAAAAUGGCUUUUCGAACGGUAUACGAAACGGUACGGACAAUCGAAAGCCGGCUUUCCGUAAUUGCAAAGGAUACGCGCCAAGUGUGAAAGAAGAACAACCAGCCAAUAAUUUUGUGAUAAAAGUUGAAGCUGAUGAUCCGGAUCCGCUGGACAGCAUUGAAUACAGUUUUGUGAUAGCAACGAGUGAACGGCCGAAGUUCCGUAUCGAUUCGAAGACUGGUGAUAUUUACACAUCGCACACCUUCGAUCGCGAUGAGCCCAUUCGUGAGAAAGAGGUAUACAUAACCGUCCGCGCUACCGAUAAUGGCCGACCGCCGCUUGACGACGUUUGCACAUUCAAGGUGACAAUCGAAGAUAUAAACGACAAUCCACCAGUGUUCGACAAAGCAAAAUAUGAAGAGUCGAUGUCCGAAGACACACAGGUAAACAAGGUGGUAAUGAGAAUAUCAGCAUCGGAUUUAGACGACGGUGACAACAGUAUCGUUGAAUAUGAAAUUUUACCGGACAAAGAUCAUCAAUAUUUCCGCAUCGACAGUCACAACGGUUUGAUACAUUUGGCUCGGCCGAUCGACAAAAAACCCGGCCAAUACUACGUGAUCAAUGUGCGUGCAUCGAAUAUUGUGCCGGAUGCACCGCAGGACGCCCAAAUCGAAGUUCGUAUCAAAAUCAUCGAAUCGAAUAAGAAAUCGCCCACAUUCAUCGAUCCACCAACACAGCCGAUUUACCUUCCGGAGAAUUUCCGUAAUUACAGUCAAAGUCUGGUGACACUACGCGCACAAUCAAAUGUUGCCGAUAAGCCUGAACUAAUCUUUGAACUAAUAACGGGUCGUACUGAACAGACGAACAGUAAAAAAACGUUUGUAUUCAAUCAAAUCGAUGAUACCGCAUCGAUAACACUCGGCAAGGCAUUAGAUUAUGAAGCAAUCACCGAGUACACAUUGACGAUGAGUGUGAAAAAUACCUGGGACUUAGUCAGCGAAGUGAUAAUUAAAUUCAAAGUUGAAGAUGUGAACGAUAACAUUCCGUUUUUCACUGAGGUUACGACCGGCUCAAUUUCCGAAAACGAACCGCCCGGCACACCAGUGAUGCAGGUUCGUGCAUUUGAUAUGGAUGGAACGCCGGCGAACAAUAUCGUUUCGUUUGAACUGGCCGACAAUCACGAAUACUUUUCCAUUGACCCAAUGACCGGAAACAUCACUUCCCUGACAACAUUCGAUCGGGAAGAGCGUGAUUUCUACAAUGUAAAAGUCAUUGCGACAGACAACUCACCGUCCAGUUUGUACAAUACCGGUCAACCGAAUCGCGGCCAACAAGUGUUUCGUAUCGAAAUUGCCGACAAAAACGACCAUCCACCGCAUUUUCAACAGGACGAAUACAUUGCCGAGAAAUUGCCCGAAGAUGCAAAUAUCAAUUUCUUGGUGAUCGAGGUCAAUGCUGAGGAUAAUGACGCUGCGUCACAGAUCUCAUACACCAUUGUCAAUGGGAACAUUGGCGAUGCAUUCAAAAUUGAAAGUUCCACCGGAAAAAUAACGGUCAACAGUCCACUGGAUUACGAAAACAUAACCGAAUACUCGUUGAGGAUUCGAGCGUUUGACGGCAUCUACGAAGAUUAUGCAACUGUUAUCAUCCGAGUGGAAGAUGUGAACGAUAAUCCGCCGGUGUUUACGGAAGAGAAGUACACUGCCACUUUCGAGGAAGAGAGACUCGUCACCGGUUGUAUACUGAUGAUAAACGCGUACGAUCCGGAUAUUAAAGACCGAGCUGCACCGCAGAAUAUCAAAUACUUCAUCGUCAAAACGGAACAGCAAUCGCUACUGGAGAUCGACAGCACUGGAUGUUUGAAGUUGAUUCAACCGCUCGAUCGUGACCUACCGAAUGGCCAUAAAAAUUGGCAAGUGUAUGUGGCAGCGGUGGAUGAAAAUGGUAAUGGAUUACGAUCGGUAACUGAUGUGACCAUCACACUGCUGGACAUUAACGAUAAUGCUCCAUUUUUGACCAAUCAAAUGCCCGUUGUUUGGUAUGAAAAUCAACCACCCGGCAAAAUUGUUGAACUGACUGCAAAUGAUUACGAUGAACCGGAAAACGGUGCACCAUUCUUCUAUGACAUCGAUCGGUCAGCUAGUGAUGAUAUUCGACGAAAAUUCGGCAUAAAUGGAGAGUUCUUGAUGGCAACGGAAAUAUUCGACCGGGAGCAGCAGAAGGAGUAUUCGAUUCCGAUUGUGAUAUCCGAUUCCGGCGAGCCGCCAAUGAACAAAGUCAGUUUUCUGAAAGUGAUCAUCGGGGAUGUCAACGAUAAUGCCAUGAAGGAUGGAAAGAGCAACAUUUUCGUUUACAAUUACAAGGGUGAAGCGCCCGACACAGAAAUCGGAAGAGUUUAUGUUGAAGAUCCAGACGACUGGGAUUUACCCGACAAAUUGUUUACAUGGAAAGACGGCUUUCCGGAUCCCAAUUUUGAUUUGAGCUCAGACAACGGUAUGAUAACCAUGCACGAAGGCACCAAGGAAGGCGACUACACGCUAUACUUUACUGUGUUUGAAGAAUCCCGAGAUAUCACUCGACAUUCGGUCACGGCUGAGGUGCUUGUAACGGUGAAAGAAAUUCCUGAAGAAGCGGUAGACAAGAGUGGUUCAAUCCGAUUUUACGGAACCACAGCUGAGGAGUUCAUCAAAAUUCCAGACGACGGUAGUGCCGGUGGCAUAAGUCAAAAGGACAGACUUCGUUUAAGUUUAUCCAAUUUAUUCAACACGUCCAUGGAAAAUGUGGACAUUUUUACCGUCUUAAAGAACGACAAUGCGUCUCUAUUGGACGUUAGAUUCUCAGCACAUGGCAGUCCGUACUAUGCGCCCGAACUUUUGAAUGGUAAAAUUGCCCAAGGACAGGGAAAACUUGAGGAAGAAAUCGGCAUGACAAUGUUGAUGAUAAAUGUCGACGAAUGUAUCAUCGAACGCAACAAAUGCGAGUCGUCCUGCUCGAACAUUUUGCACAAAUCGAAUGUGCCAUUGCUCGUCUACACCAACACAACCUCGUUCGUCGGUGUUAACGCGUUCGUCCAGGCAGAGUGUACGUGCAACGUAUCACCGCAAAUUGUGUGCUUGAACGGUGGCACCCCAUUCUCCAAUUACUGCGAAUGCCAAGAGGGUUUCGAUGGACCGAACUGUGAAAUAAUCAGCAUCGGAUUUUACGGGGACGGAUAUGCUAUGUAUCCAUCGGUGAAUCCGUGUGAUCAGACGAAAAUCUCGCUAACACUGUCGCCUCAACAAGACCGUGGAUUGGUGAUGUACAUCGGUCCGAUAACGUACAAUACGCUGCUUCCAAUCUCUGACUUUUUGGCAUUGGAAUUGGUGAAAGGUUAUCCAGUGUUGACGGUUGAUUACGGAACCGGUUCCAUUACAAUUGAACACAAACACAUUCGUUUCACACCUGGCAAUAGUUACGAUAUUGACAUCAUCCUACAGAGAACUAGCAUUGAGAUGACCGUAAACAAUUGCAAGCUAUCGACGUGUAUGAGUUUGGGAGCACCGCAAGGUCCAAAUGAAUUUCUCAAUGUAAACGCUCCGCUACAACUGGGCGGAACCGUAGUCAACUUGGAAUAUCUCGCUUCGCAAUUCAAUUGGUCGCACAUACCGCAAAGUCAAGGUUACAGCGGCUGCAUCAAAAAUCUAACGGUCGAUGGACGAACCUAUAACAUCGGUGCACCGAGUCUUUCAAAAAAUGCCGAUCCGAGUUGUCAGCGUUCCGUUGCUGUUGCCGUAUCGUUCGGCAUUGACACAAACUUUUUGAUUGCCAUCCUGGUAUGCAUUGCCGUGUUGAUAAUUCUAUUGCUGGCCGUUGUUGUACACCGACGACAUCACGAUGGAUGGCACGAAAAGGAUAUGGACGACAUUCGCGAAACAAUAAUUAACUAUGAGGACGAGGGUGGCGGCGAACGGGACACCGAUUUCGAUUUGAAUGUGCUGCGAUCGCCACCAAUUUACGAGGACAAACCGUACAAGGAGCAUUUGAUCGGUCAAGCCCACGAAAUGCCGGACAUUGGCGGAUUUUUAGUGGAUAAAAAAGACAGUUGUGAUAAAGACACGGAACAGUAUCCCGUCGACGAUGUGCGACAUUACGCGUACGAAGGUGAUGGUAACAGUACCCGAAGUUUGUCGAGUUUAGCGUCCUGUACGGAUGACGGUGACUUGAAGUUCGACUAUCUGUCCAGCUUUGGACCGCGGUUCCGGAAACUGGCUGAUAUGUACGGCGAGGAACCGUCCGAUUCCGAUUCGAAUGGCGAUGCGGACGAAGGAUGGCGAAUAUGAAGCACGACCAAAGACUUAUUUUUGAUUUAAAAAAAACGAGACGUCUACAUAUAAAUCACAUCGUGGCUUUAACCGUUCUUACAUAAAUUAAGAAUUCGUCCUGGUAUUCUUAUAACUAGAUUAUAAGACUAAUAUUGGCAGCUGAAUUAUAUUGGUUCACCACGAAAUUGUACAAGGAAAUCCGUAAUCAUUGCCUUAAAUGUAAUUAAUGUAAUCAAAAAGUAAAAAAAAAAUAGAAAUUGCGUCAUGAUCAACAACCAACUUCUAAUUUAUACAAGUAAAGCAAAAGUAUCCGUAGAAUUUUUCUAUUAUAUUUUUUAGAAAUGUUGUUAAAAUGAAUAUAUUGAAAAGACUUUAAAAACAAACAAAACAAAGAAAACAAACCGAAAGAAAUGAAAUUUUUGAUGAAAAUUAUUGAGAACAUUACUAGAUCCAGUCAAUUAGUUUUCCAUUUUCUAAAUUGUUUUGUUGAAAAUUUUGUUAAUCCGUCCCGUUUGCAAUGGACCCAUAGAAAACAUGUAGAAAAUGUUGUGAAUCAAUGGACGUACAAAUUCUUUAAAGAAAAUAAUUAUUUUUUGUAUUGUGAAUUCCGAAGGUUGUUUUUAUUGAAUGAGACAAACCCUUGACGUCAAAUAGAUUUUCAAUUUGCAACCCAUUGAACAAAAAACAUUUUUUUUCUUCGAAAUAACAAUUUUAUGAAAAUCGAAAUGUAAUGAACCAUGGCUAUCAGAAGAAGCUGGAAGCUCGACGCAAAAUAUUGUUCUAAGUCAACAAUUGUUCUGGACAUAAAAUUCUGAUUAUUUUUUUUAAAUUAAUCCCGUUGGUUCCAAGAACAAUCAUCCGCCAAUCUUUUAAUCGGACAGCCACUAACUUUUUAGUGUACGGUAGAUGCUACCAGACAGUCCUUAAACGUUAUUGAAAGAUUUGAUCUAAUUACAGUCAUCGAAAUAGUACCUUACAUAUCAAUGCCACUAAUGAUGCUUCAUGUGAGAAAUUGGCCUAUCCGAGCCGAAGACGAGUUGGGUAAACACAAUAAGCACUUCUUCCAUAAUUUAAUCCAUUGAAAUGUGAAUGUAAUUGAAUGUAAUUUACGUUGUUGAGUAACCAUUUUUUACUUGCACCACACCUCGAAAUUGAUUUAUUAAUUACCUGAUGUCAUUCGCGGUAAUUUUCAAUUCCGAGUGACAUGUCGAAUGAAACUUCUUAUGUAAUUGUUAUUUGACUGGUGAAGUUUUAACUCUUCGACACGGACAACAACCAUCCAACUAGUCAAAAAUUACCAAACUGUGACGUAAGUCUACUAUAAAACUGAAAACAAAAUUUUGCGUCGACCAAAAACACCCUAACGCUUAAUAUAAUGCCAUGUACUUACCAGAAACGCAAAUAAUUCGAUUUAGUUUCGAAUCACAAGUGAACGUAAAAAAAAAAAUUUUUAACGAAAAUUUUAAUAUUUUUUUAAAACCGCGGUACACACCCAUCAUAUCACUUUUAAUCGAUUCCAGUUAUAGAUCUCCAUCGGACGGUUUUACAUUCGAAUUGUUGGACAUUUAUAAUGAAAAUUUAGCGAAUAAGAUAAAUAGGCGACGAAGACGAAAUUUUUGUUCGUUCUUGGUCGAUGUAGAUGAAGGUCAUUUUAGAGAGUUUUCCCGAUCCAUUUUAUUCGAGUGGAUCCGAUGAAUUAGAACAUUUUCAUUUUAAUUAUUUUUUUAAAAUUAUUUUAUAGUAAAAAUCUUUUGUGCAGCUAACAAUUCUUUUUUUGGUGAUUGUGUAGCAGCUUUUAUAUACAUUUCCAUUUUGAAUAAAAUUUUUUUAUUUUUUUUUUCAUUUAUUUGAAUAUUUAUUCCAAAAAGUGUUCUUAAUGACAAACAAACAAAAAAAGUUAUGCGAACGGAUAUGGAUGGAAGGAAAAUUUGUAUUUAUCAACACCCCGCCAUAGAUACAUUAAUUUUAUAUGAUCGAGCAAAAAAUUUAGAAAUUAAGUUUUGUAUUUUUGGUUGGACGGCGAAGAAACACAUUCAAUUAAAUAAUAAAAACUUUUUACUAAUCACAAUUUUCAUAAAAACCUAGAACUCUAAGUUGGCCGAAAGCAUUUUUCGCAUUUAGAAUUUAAAUAAAUUUGCAUGCAACCCGUCGAUGGUAGGAGUUAUAUGUGAAAAGUUCAUUAAAUAAUUUGUCAAUGUGAUAAACAGAUAUAUUUAAGACAAUAUAAGCCUUUUAAAAUUUAAGUCUAAGGUCUAAGCACUUUACGCGGUCUAAACACUACUCUCCAUUUGAAAUCAUUGAAACAUUUUGAGUGAAAGAAGUUUGGGACAGGCAGUGAUGUUCAAAGUUCUUCUUUUGUUUCUCAAUUUCGUUGUCGUAUUGAUGAAGACGUUCAAAACGUUCAACCACAAUCUUGAUGAUGCCAACUAUAUAAGCAAGGAAAUUGAAGAAAAAAUUCUUUCCAUUCCUCACUUUGACGUUCACUACUUUCAACAUUCAAAAAUAUCAUCCGAAAAUGUUAAGCGAAAUCGGAGACGCAGCUAAAAAAACUAUUUCGAAAUUAGAUUAUUCAGCGAGUAAACAAAAACUAAUUCGUUUAAUGGGCAAAAUUGUUGAAACUAUUUUGUUGAAAUACCGAAGAAAGAUAGACUCGUGCAUCGUAAUGUUGCCUAUAGGUAUUUCGUCGAUUAAGCCUCGGAUUAAGCUUUCUCGGUAAAUCGUUGUAAGCGAUCAAUUCAUUGACACACUUACCGUACCUCCGUUAAUAUGUCAUGUUGAUGAAGACUAAGUUGAUCAGAAUUUGGUCGGUGUUUGAUUUCGUUGGCUACAGUGACUACCAGUGCCAUUUUUUAAAGAAAAUUUUCUUAAAAAUGUUUUCUGAGAAAUUUGGGAAAAUUUUCAAGAAAAUUCGAGAAAAUCAAAAAAUAAUAAAAAUAUUUUCUAAAAGGUGGCUAUGUGACUGCACCGCUGCUCUUUAACAUUAAAUUCAGGCUCAGAUUCUGAGUGAUACACACCUUUUUCUGGGAACCAGGUAAAGCCAGAAUUGAUUUCCAAUUACUAAACAAAGUCACUUUUGACCAAUGCAUUCACUGUGGGAUACGACGUAAGGGAAGUCAAAAUUCGUUUUAAGUUUCUUCAGGUUAUGGGCCCGAUUUCCAAACUGCAACAAUUUUGCUGCAUCGCUGAAUGUUUCUUUCUCCCUCAAUACAACAUGCUUCUUCCGUGCCUUUUUUAGGCAUUUCUCUUACGAAUUAGUAGAAAAUGGUUCACGUAAAGUUUUGAAUUGCAUAACGCUGGCGAUGGUAUUGGUUUUCUUUAAAAUGUUUCAAUUUUUAAUAAAAAUUUCUUUAUAAUCAACAACAUUAGCACGAUUGUUCUGGCUGGGUCCGUAAGACGAUUUAUAUUUUAACAAUUUAAUAUUUACUUUAAAAUGAUGAAAGAAUUUCUUUCUUUAAAAAAAUAUUUUGACAAACGGGCGAUGGUAAAUUUAAAUUUUUUAAAAACAAAUUUUCUUCUUUUGUUUUAAGUAAACGUGUGCCUUUUUAUGAAAAAUGUUUACGAUUUUAGUGUAUCACACAUAAAAAGCUUUGUUAAGUAAGAGGGCAGCAUCAAAAAAUCAUAAUAAUUAAGACUAAGCUUUAAAAAUAAUCAAAAAUAAAAAAGCAAAAGAGUGAAAUUAAGAGAUAAAUCGAAGUAAAAUAAAAAUAAAUAACGAGUAAAGAAGUGACUUAUAGCGAGAAAUAAGAAAAUUAUUUAAAUAAAAAAAGUAAAAACGAAUUACAGUCAUUCAAAUGUAACCAUCAUUCCAAUUAUAAUUAAAAAUUUGUUUUUUUUAGAAAAAAAUAUUUAUUAGAAUUAAAUGCAAGAAAAAAAGAAAACUAAACGCAAAUAUUUAUCUAAAACUCUAUAUAAUACUGAGCAUAUAUAGUUAACACGAUGAUGUUGAACUAAAAUGUUCUUUAAAAUGCAAAGUGAAUAUUAUUUUGACGAUUUUGUUUGAAUUAAUAAA